AUGCUUCUGAAAACUGAGCUUAGUUUGUUCUCCAUGCGGGAGCCUGAGCUUAAAGGACUCGUCUUGCAGGCUGUCGAGAUGGGCUUCCAAAUGGGCUCAAGAAUGCUGGUCCACGGUGUUCAGGCACUCUACAGCAAUAGCCCAGAGACUAUUAGCAGAAAGUUUGGGCUGUUUGAAGAGCUUGGAUUUAGAAAGGAGGAGUGUAGUUUGAUGUUUGUGAAGGCGCCCAUGGUUUUCAAGGCGUCUGAAGACAAGCUGAGGCGUUCGGUGAACUUCUUCAUCAAUACUCUCGGGUUUAACAGGUCGCUGCUGGUGGGGUCUCCUUUUCUUUUGAUGUUCAGUUUGGAGAGGAGGAUGGUGCCGAGGUUGAGAGUGAUGGAGUUGGUGAAGUCGAGGGGAGUUCUGAAGAGGCAUCCGAGUUUUGUUACGGUGUUGUUGAUGACGGAGGACGAGUUUGUGAAUCAGUUUGUCUCCAAAUACGCCAAGGAUUUGAAAGUGGCUUACGAGAAAUGGCGUUUGGGGUCUUCCUGA